AUGUUUUCCUUGGAGUUUGCGAGCGGCCGCCCGCUCGGUAGCGCGCCGUACUACUCGCUUGUCGUCCGGGAGCCGUACAUCGUGGGCAGGGACCGCGGCGUCGACAUCGUCCUGGACCACGGCGGCAUUGCGCUGCGGCACGCCUCGCUGACGGUGAUGCGUGAGAGCCAGGCGCUGCGGCUGCAGCAGAAGCGGCUGCUUCGCCACGGGGAGCCCGACGACGCGGGCGACAACGGCGGCGAGGUUGUGGGCAGCUUUCUCAACGACGCGCAGGCGGAGAUGAACGGGGUGGUGUCGCCGAGCCACCCCAAGCUGGACGGCCCACGCAAGCAGGCGUGGGAGCACGACGACCCCGCGGAGGCGGAGGCGGAGAUGCCGCCGAGUCAACUGCACGGGGAGGACCCACUCGUGCUGCGCGUAGUGAACCUCCGUGACGGCGGCGACGUCCUGGCGAAUGAAACGGCGGUGCUGGAGCACCCGGCCUACCUCACCGACGGCGCGCAGCUGCAGUUUGGCGCCCACAUUUGCCUGCGCCUGCGCUUUCGCCCGCUCGUCGUGAGCAUCGCCCGCAGCACCUUCAGCGCCGACUACGUGCGGGAACUGGAGCUGAUGUACUAUCGCCUAGGUGCCACGACGACGGGGCCGCGCGGACCCACGCCGCUGCUCGACAUGCCGCAGCCAAUCGGCAGGCUGCACUGCGCGGAUGCCAUCAACGACGACCCGUGGUGCCUCAUGGCGCUCGCCUGCGGCUACUCCAUCGUGCAGCCGAAGUACGUCUUCGAGUGGUUCGCCGCACUCGCGCAGGGCGCCUCCUCCCCGCUCACCGUCCUGCCCCCACCAGUCCGCUUUGAGGUGCCGAUUCAGUGGCACGGUGCCACGGCCGUGCACGCGGCGUUUUACCUCCGGCCGGAGUCCGACGUCUGCCCGUUUCCUUUGUACCCGAUCCCCACCACCGCCGCACGGAAGCGCUCCCGCGACGCGUUGUUUAAGGGGAAGAGGUUCUUUUUUGUGACGAACGCGGUGGAGCUCCGCUACAAGCAGCCCCUGCUGGCCUGCGGUGGGGAGGUGCUUCACUUGGAGGAUGUCGUGACCAUCACGGCCGAGGCCGCCGCCGCCGCCGAGGGCUGCGACGAGGAUGGCGGAGCGUCCCGCGCCGCGGAGCACGGCGACCCCGCGCCGGACGCGAGGAAGAAGGAGGAGGCGGCGAAUUCCGCUGCGGUGAAGUACUACCUUGUGGUGGACGCCGACACGGAGGCGGUGAUGCGGCUGAACGACGUCCCCGCCCUGGGCUCACUUCAGAGCUUCUUGGAGGAGACCGACCGCGCGGGCCUCGCGCUGCCCAUUAUCGCCGAGCGCAGCCUCUUCCACUCGCUGCUCACCAACCGCUUCAUCGUCUGCGAGGUGGCGUGGCCCGCCCCUGCCGAACACGCCACGGGCGGCAACGAACUCCCCGACACCGCGAUGACGUGGGACGCGCGUAUCUUUAACUUCACCCCACGCACCGCACGAGGGGCGUCGCAGUCGCGGCGGCUGCUCGACGUUCACGCCCGCACGCAGUCGCCGCGGACGGGCCGCAGGCGGGAACCUGCGAUGGCGGAGUUGACGAAGCCCCAACGACGUGGACGCCACCCGCACGCGGCGGCGCGGGACGUUAUGGCGGCCAACGUCUGUGACGCACUCCGUCUUCGGGUGCGUGCGUUUGUGCUGCGGGAGGGGGCAAAGCUCCAGGAGAACCUCGCGGGGUCGUGGCGAAACCUCUUCGUUGAUGCGGAGGUGCUGGAGCACGCCCGCGAGUGCCAGAUCCAGUCGGUGGGAUACCUCGAUAAGCUGGAAGGCCUGCUGCCAGAGCUUGGCGAAAACCCGCGCCUCGCCAGUGAAAUUUGCGGCUUCCAGCAGGACUGCCACGAGGUGCUGCGCACGGCGCAGGAGAUUGUGGAGAUCGCCAAGUGCGCCGCGCAGCGCUCCCAGCACCCGAGCCGCCCACGCCGCCUGUCGCUGGACGGCGCCCUGCUGCAGUCGCACGGCACCUCAAUCGGCGGAAGGAUGCCGUACCGUUCGCUCUCGUCCGAGGUGGGGCGGAGGCGGGAGACGGCUGCUCGUGAGUCAUCGAAGCCGGCGCCCGCCACGCAGCUGUUCACGCCGCGGGGUGGCGCAAAGACGUCACUCGCCACACCCCGCUCGAGCCGUGGAAAGAGCAUUAAAAAAACACGCACCAGACCGGCGGCCGACGCGCCCGCGCCCGUCAAAGAGAAUCUGGGCAGCGAGCAGACCGAUCCUUCUGUCACUGCGCCGGACACGAUUGUCCCGGGCAAGACUGUCCCGGACACGACUGUCCCGGGCACGACUGUCCCGGGCACGGCUGCCCCGCAAGCCGCGGUAGCGGCACCGCGGCAGACCCCCCUGCUGCCCCCCUCGCAUCCUCUGCCGAGGCUGGAGCCGCCCUCCGUCGUGCAUGCGCACAGUGCCUUGCGGCGCAUUCCUCGAACGGUCUUUCAGCCACCGCAACAGCCCGCAGAGCCAAAGGAGGAGGUGCCUGUCGUGACACAGCGGACGGCAUCGGGACUGUGUUCAACGCCGAAGCGCACCCACGCAACGCAUGCGGCGGCUCGCGGGCUCAACAGUAGCAUCAACAGUGGACGCGCACCGUCGUCCAGACUUGUGACUCCUUCGAAGGAGUUGUCAGCGUCGGAGAGCCACGGCCACAACCAGCCCAGCCCUACGC